AUGGCGUCCCUGCUACGGCAAAUCGUGGCGGGCCCGCGCUCGCGCCACCCAGAAACCGGGCUCGACCUCUGCUACGUGACGGACCAGCUCAUCGCGACCUCGGGCCCCAGCGCCACGUAUCCGCAGCGGGCGUACCGCAACCCUCUGGACCAACUCGUGCGGUUCCUCGACUCGAAACACGGCGAUGGCUGGGCGAUCUGGGAGUUCCGCGCUGAGGGCGCGGGGUAUCCCGACGAGGAGGUGUAUGGUCGGGUUUGGCAUUAUCCGUGGCCGGAUCACCACCCGCCGCCGUUUCGACUGGUGCCGAUGAUAUUGGCGAGCAUGCGGAAUUGGCUGCGCGAGCGAGAGGAUAGAGUCGUCGUCGUGCAUUGUAAGGCCGGGAAGGGCAGGAGUGGGACGAUUGCGUGCAGCUAUUUGAUUGCCGAGUGUGGAUGGAAUCCUGCGGAGGCGUUGGCGCGGUUUACGGAGAGGAGGAUGCGUCCGGGGUUUGGACAGGGCGUCUCUAUCCCGAGUCAACUGCGCUGGAUUGGAUACGUGGAUCGCUGGGCGAAGGCGGGGAAGCUAUAUGUGGACAGACAGAUUGAGAUCGUGGAAGUGCACGUUUGGGGCUUGAGGGAUGGGGUGAAGGUGCAAAUUGAGGGCUUCGUGAAUGAAGGGAAGGUGAUAAAGAUCAUGCACACUUUUACAAAGAGGGAGCGGGUUGUUGUAGAAGGGAAUGCGCCGGGUAGUGGAGGCAUUACGGAUAUGCUUUCGGACAUGGCGGGAUUUCAGACCUCUGAGAAGGGGAAAGAAUCGGAAAGCACAGAUUCCCUUGACAAAGAGAGCAAGACUAUUCCUCGAGCUAGGAUACCCGAAACUGCGUCGCCAGGUUCAUCAAGCCCCGAUCCCGAAGCUGGUGGCCGAGCUGUGAUCUUCAGACCUUCAAAAAAAGUCGUCGUUCCGUCCAGCGACGUCAAUAUUGAUAUCGAGAGACGGAAUAAAGCAUCCAUGGGGUGGACGAUGGUGACGGCGGUAGCCCACGUCUGGUUCAAUGCAUAUUUUGAAGGAAACGGACCCGAGCAAAAUGGAAAGCCUGACGACACUGGGGUUUUCGAAAUCGACUGGGACAAACUGGACGGUAUCAAAGGCUCGAGCAGGAAAGGCACUCGGGCAUUAGAUCGGCUAGCCGUGGUAUGGAAAGUACAUGAGCCGGAACCUGGACGAGGAAGGAAAGAGGAUGUAAUCCGUGAGCCGGGUGUCAAUUCGCCCGUGCCUCAAAUGGCCGCAGCAGAUUGGAAGGGUGGCAAUGAAACGUCGCCAGGGUUGCCGACGGGUCUUGGCCUUCGAAGCGAAAGCCCAUGUGGUGCAGAUGUUAGCAAGGCAAACAGUGUGAAUAGCAACAUUGUAAAAGGCAAUGGCGAGAACGACGCGGAUCUCGACUCUUUUGAGGGCUUGAAAAUUAGCCCGACACCAGAAGAGGGGGGUUUGGAAGACGAGCUUGGUAACGCCAACCUGGACGACUCGCCCAAACCAGAGGAUUCUCAUGUACCUAACCUCAAGGAGGUAAAUGCUGGCCUCGAUACUGCAUCCUCUACAACACCUCAGCAGGGAUCCGGAACGUAA